AUAUCGUGGCCGAUGGACGGCAGCCUGUCGUCGAGACUUGGGGGCGACGUCUUGAAGGCGGGCAGGUCAAAAACCUGCAGGAUCGAUGGUCUGCGAAAAGAAUCGUCGACCUGGGGCCGAGGAAGAAUAGCGGUAGCCAGUGCGGAAGCCGUGGUGAAGUAUUAA